CUUAUCAUAAAACAUUGUAGGUUUGGUGCUUGUAGCACCUCCUCCCCUCCAGCCACGCCCUGGAGUUGAUGGAGUUGGAGAAUAUUGUUGCCAACACUGUUUACCUAAAGGCCCGUGAGGGUGGACCUGAAGGCAGCAAAGGCAGAAGUAAAAAAUGGAAAAAAUUGUUAACGUUCCCCCACAUCUCGGAGUGCAUCAGCCUGUCCACCACCUUGAAGGCGGACAACUACGAUUAUAUCAUAGGAGAGCAGCCGAUAGGAGCUGCUCUCUUUAGGCAGUUUUGUCAGGCUGGGAAGAAGGUGUACAGGCACUACAAUGAUUUCCUCGACGUGGUGGAUAACUACGAGACGGAGCUCGACGAGAACAGGGCGACAGAGGCCAACAAGAUUGCCAACAAAUACCUCAUCAAGCCUAAACCUUCAGACGAGGAGACGGAAACCCUGGUAAACGGAAAGACUGAGGACACCUCAAAGGAAAAUGUUUAA